AUGAUAGUUGUUAAUAUUAGUGAUAUAGAGAUAAAAUAUAUAGUUAGUGAUCGAUGUCCACCUGUUAGUAUCCACAUUGAUGUUGGUGUGUGGAUUUUUUUAGAUCAAAAGAAAACUAAUGUAGAUUUCUUUACGAAAUAUCCAUCGUGCAUAACUUUGAAGAAUAUAGCAUUGGAUAAUCAUAAUUCUGUAGUUGUUGUGGAUAGGAGACAUUCUGAUGUUAUUAGAACACUAAAUAACUUUGAUUUAUACUCCAACAACUCCAUCCGCUUGAUAGGAGUGAAUUUAGAUGGAGUUGUUGAUGAAAAUACUGAUGAAGGAAAUGGAGUAAUCAGUGACCUUUCUAAUUUGUUUAUAGCUGAAAAUCAGAUUUACAAGAAUAAAGGAACACUUAUGGAGAUGAUGCGACAUUAUGAAGUUGUCGAAAAAUUUAUAUUUCUUAUAUCUCGUUCUAGUUCAUCUUGUUACUACCUGAAGUGUCCUUCUGAUAAUUGUUCCUGGAUGAUGAAUUCAUCAUGUUUGAUUCAAUCGGGGCUAUUCAAAAUCAGAAAGUACUGUGCAGAACACACUUGUUCCGUUAGAGAUAGAGUGUAUGCAAAGCGUCAGGGAAUAAAUGGUGUUGUAACUAUUUUAAUAAUGGAUAAAUUUAUUGAUCGAUCAAUUGUAUACAUUCCAAAAGAUAUAGCGGAAGAAAUGUUGAAAGUGCAUGAUGUUGCGCUGACAUACAUGCAGGCCUGGAGAGCUAAAGAAAAGGCAAUAAAAUUGGUGCGUGGAGAUCCAGCCUAG